GUGAUGCGGUGACGUCAGCAGGUCAGUGAGAGGAAGGGAAUGAUGGACGCAGCAACACUUACAUAUGACACUCUGCGGUUCGCUGAUACCCCGGACUUUCCUGAAACUUCAGAGCCUGUCUGGAUAUUGGGAAAAAAAUACAGUGCGUUAACAGAAAAGGAGGAUCUUCUGAAUGAUGUGACAUCCAGACUGUGGUUUACUUACCGACGGAACUUUCCAGCAAUAGGUGGAACUGGGCCAACUUCCGACACUGGCUGGGGCUGCAUGCUGCGAUGUGGGCAGAUGAUUUUUUCUCAGGCUUUGAUCUGUAGGCAUAUAGGACGAGAAUGGAGGUGGGAUAAAAAAACACCAACUGGAGAGUACCUCAGCAUCCUGACUGCUUUUCUAGACAAGAAAGAUAGUUAUUACUCCAUACAUCAGAUUGCCCAGAUGGGAGUCGGUGAAGGGAAAUACAUUGGCCAGUGGUACGGUCCAAACACUGUAGCACAAGUGCUGAGGAAGCUAGCUGAUUUUGAUCAGUGGAGCUCGAUGGCGGUUCACAUAGCAAUGGAUAAUACUGUUGUGACAGGUGAGAUAGAGAGAUUGUUUAGAUUGGGAAGCUGUGACUCUGGGCCGCUGUGUAAUGGUCACACUGGAGCCUCUGAUUCACACCGCCAGUGGAAGCCUCUAGUAUUACUCAUACCCCUUCGGCUGGGCCUAAGUGAGAUCAAUGAAGCAUACAUCGAAACCCUGAAGCACUGCUUCAUGCUGCCACAGUCUUUAGGAGUUAUUGGUGGUCGGCCAAACAGUGCUCAUUACUUCAUAGGCUAUGUCGGAGAUGAACUCAUUUAUCUAGAUCCCCACACUACACAGCCAACUGUGGAGCCCAGUGAUGGAGGGUAUAUAGUAGAUGACAGCUUCCACUGCCAGCAUCCUCCAUGCCGGAUGCACGUAACAGAGAUUGACCCCUCUAUUGCUGUGGGAUUCUUCUGCAGUUCUGAAGAAGAUUUUGAUGACUGGUGUAAGCGCAUUAGAAAGAUAUCACUUCCUGCGGGAUCUUUGCCUAUGUUUGAGGUGGUUGAUCAGCUACCGCCUCAUCUGUCCAAUCCUGAUGUACUAAACAUUACUCCAGACCGCCUUGACAGAUUCUUUGACUCAGAAGAUGAAGAAUUUGAAAUUUUAACUUUUUGAAGAG